AUGGCCUCUUUCAUGGCGCAUCUUCCCUACAACGUUGUUGGACCCCUUAACUUCUAUCACAACAAUUACAAAUACCAUAUUGCCAAUCACAGAAACAGUUUACUUUUCCCUUGCAUUCAUCAUAAUUUAGCACAUCAUAUGCUACGCUGCAAGAGGCAAAGUUGUUCUACUUCCACCAUCACCUGCUCUGCUGCUAACAGACCCUCUCAGUCUACUGAAAUUAGUUCUACAGCCAAGAUAAGGAGUGAAGUUCUGUCUCCAUUUCGGUCUGUCCGGAUGUUUUUCUACCUAGCUUUUAUUGCAAGUGCUUCUUUGGGAGGAUUAAUAGCAACCACACAACUGAUUGCUGCACUAGCAAAUCCAUCAAGAGCAGCUCAAGUGGCUGACAUAUUGCGAGGUCUGGGCAUAGACAUUGGAGCAGCGUCUAUCUUUGCAUUCUUAUAUUACAGGGAGAACAAAGCUAAAAAUGUGCAAAUGGCUAGGCUGUCAAGAGAGGAAAACCUUUCAAAUCUUAAGCUCCGUGUUGAUGAAAAGAAGAUCAUUUCUGUGAGCUCUUUGAGAGGUGUUGGUCGACUUGUAAUCUGUGCUGGUCCUGGACCUUUCAUUUUAGAAUCUUUUAGACUCAGUGAGCCUUUCACUCAGAGCCUUGUGGAUAGAGGGGUGCUUGUGGUUCCAUUUGCUGCAGAUGGGAAUUUACCUAGUUUUGAAUUUGACGAGAGUGAGGAGAUGAAGGAGCUUACCACCAAGAGGAAGCGACUCUGGCAGUUGACUCCUGUCUAUGUUUCUGAAUGGUCUAAGUGGUUAGAUGAACAAAAGAAGCUGGCUGGAGUCUCCCCUGAAUCUCCUGUGUAUUUAUCUCUACGCAUGGAUGGCCGUGUCCGUGGAAGUGGUGUUGGUUAUCCUCCUUGGAAUGCUUUUGUCGCCCAACUGCCACCGGCAAAGGGAAUGUGGUCAGGUCUUCUGGAUGGCAUGGAUGGAAGAGUUCUUUAG